CACAACACCGCACACAUUUAGUCUUGACGCUGAAACUUGCGCGCGAGGUCUUAAUACUCCUAAUCGAAUUCUACUAACAUGCCGUACGAGAGUGCCUACCCACUGACGCCUGACGUGGAUCCGGGGGUGAUCCGCGCACGCGCCAACUCUUCGUCUAGAAAAAAGCCGGUGGUUACGUUUAUAUCUGGCGACGAAGCCGUAGUGAUACCCGACAAGAGCAUCGCUGGCGUCAACAAGCCACUGUCGAGGAGCGAUCGCAGUGAGAUUGAGCUCGACAGUUUUGCUGAGUCACUCUCCUGCACCAUGCACAGCACCUGGUUGGACAAGAGGGCCCUAGAGCACAGAAUCUUCGUGAACAGAUCUCUACAUUUAGAAAAUGUCAAGUUUUACGGGUUUGAUAUGGACUACACUCUCGCAGAGUACAAAUCGCCACAGUAUGAAAACCUCGGCUUCAAUUUAACCAAAGAAAGAUUAGUACACAAAGGUUAUCCAAAGGAAAUAUUGGAAUUCGAAUAUGACCCUUCAUUUCCAGUCAGAGGUCUCUGGUUCGACACUCUCUACGGAAACCUAUUAAAAGUAGACGCCUAUGGUAAUAUUCUAGUCUGUGUUCAUGGAUUCGAAUUUUUGAAGCACUCACAAGUAUACGAAUUGUAUCCAAACAAAUUCCUAACGUUAGACGAGUCUAGAGUGUACGUGCUGAAUACUCUGUUCAACCUGCCCGAGACGUACCUGAUAGCGUGCCUGAUAGACUUCUUCACCAACUCGCCACAAUACACAAGGGAGAAAACCGGCGUGCGAUGCGGUGACUUAGCCAUGUCGUUCCGUUCCAUAUUCCAAGACGUGCGUUCAGCAGUUGACUACGUCCACAUCCACGGAGACCUCAAGAAGAAGACCAUAGAGAACCUGGACCUCUACUUGAAGAAGGACGAACGUUUACCAAUGUUCCUGUCCAGGAUCCGAGAGAGCGGCGCCAAAUUGUUUCUGUUGACGAACAGCGAUUACAUGUUUACAAACAGCGUUAUGGAUUAUCUGUUUGAUUUCCCGCAUGGGGCGCAGCCCUCAGAGCCACACCGGAACUGGAAGACGUACUUCGACUUCAUAGUAGUCGACGCCAAGAAGCCGCUGUUCUUCGGCGAGGGCACCACGCUGCGGCAGGUGGACACCUACACGGGCGCGCUCAAGAUGGGGCAUUACGUGGGGCCGCUGCACGAGGGGAAGGUGUACUCGGGAGGUUCGUGUGACGUAUUCACCGAACUGAUCUGCGCGAAAGGCAAAGACGUCCUCUACAUCGGGGACCACAUAUUCGGGGACAUCCUCAAGUCGAAGAAGAUCGGCGGCUGGAGAACUUUCCUGAUCGUUCCAGAACUAGUCCAGGAGCUGCACGUGUGGACCGACAAGUGCCAGCUGUUCGCGCAGCUGCAAGCCUUGGAUAUACAGCUGGGGGAUAUGUACAAGGACCUAGACUCCAGUACUAAAGAGAAGCCGGACAUAUCUGCGCUGCGCGGGGCCAUCCGUGACGUCACGCACAAGAUGGACCUAGCUUACGGCAUGUUAGGGUCUCUGUUCAGAUCCGGGUCUAGACAGACUUUCUUCUCUUCACAGGUGGUAAGGUACGCGGACCUCUACGCCGCUUCGUUCCUGAACCUGAUGUACUACCCGUUCUGCUACAUGUUCCGCGCGCCCGCCAUGCUGAUGCCGCACGAGUCUACUGUGGCGCACGAGCAGAGGUUCACCGUGGACACGCCCACCAUCGACAGGUCCCGUCACCCGAGCGCGCAGCGCGGGCUGAGCGUGGUGUCCAUCACCGAAGAUGUGGAGGAGAAGGCCGCCAGCCAUCUCGUCGUGGAACCAGCUAUUAAGGCGACGGCAUCAGUGCCGCACACCCGUCCAGAGACCCCGAGACAGCUCACCCACACGCACGACGAAGACUGCUCCGACGAGGAGGAACAAGUCAAGAACACACUCGUCAAGUAAACAACGUACCUGCGACGAGAUUGUGUAUGUGGCAUCUGUGAAUGGAGUGUGAGUUUUGGUAUUUUACGCGAACGGAGUUGGAGGCGAUUUCUUCUGUCAUUUGUUUCAUCAUAGUCACCGCUAGAGGCGCUGGUUUGUAUGUAAGGUUUAUACGCAAAGGUUUUCGUCUGCCUUAUCUAGUUCGUAUGUUUUUAAUCUAAAUCGUCUGCGUAAAAUAUUCAAACUCACACUACUAGUUGUAGAGGUAAUGUUGGAUGUAAAGAUUCGCUCAUUCGCGUUUGUGAUAGUACGACUGCUAGCCGGUAGAUGGCUGUUGGUUGUUGGGACUUUACAAUGUUGUUUGAAUAGUAAGUCAAUAAUGAAUACCUAAUGAAUUGUUGUUGAGUAGGUAUACAAUCAAAUGUUAGUAAAGAAUAUUGUUUGUUGUUUUAAACGUUUUGGCAGGUAUACGUACGUACCUUUUGCUGAAUAAGCUCAAUAAAUUUCGUAUACGGCGGCAAUACCAUUGAAAACUUCGUAACACAAUAAUCUACCGCAUAAAUGUUCGUAAUUGAAAUGUUUCCGAUCUCUACACUUGUCUUAUGAUCAAUUCCGUGCAAUUGGUUUGAAAGUUUACUGGGCUUAUAUUUAAUAUGAACGUUCAUUUCAAUAAUGCUAGAGCUAGUUACGCUAGUAUAAAAUUAAAAGGUUUGCAAGCUACUAAUAAAAAAAAACUAGUUAUGUGCCAUAACGGUAAUAGAUAUAAUAAAAUGUCUCUAUUUUCAACAUAGCAUCUGGCUUACUGUUUUAAAUAAUCUAAUAAUUUAGAAUGUCUUGAUCAAUUACUUCUCUUUCAUAUAAUAUUGUUUUGUUUAUUAUUAACAUUUCGAGGACCUGAAGAGCAAUUAAUGUAACAAUGAAUUUGGUCAAAUAGAUAUUAUAACAUGUAAUUUUAUUGUAUUAUAUGUCUGAAUCGAAUGAAAACUUAUUUACACUAUUUAUAAUGUUAUUCAUUUCUUAAAAUCACAAGUGGCGUAUUAUGAAAUGAACAUCAGAUGUGUGUGUGUGAUUAUAAAUAGCUUUAGGCAUUUCCAUAUGUGAUGUGAACUUGUCAAUUUUAUUUUCUGUUACACCAUUUAUUAUUUUGUUAAGAUUUUAUUAUAAUUUAAUUCGUUAAGCUAUAGGAUAUUAUUGAGAUUAAUUAUAUUUGUGUUAACGUUGAGUUUAAAGUAGGUAUGUUUAGAAGUUAAAUGCAUGUAGAUUAUAAGCAUUGUGCAUAUUGUUGUGUAUAAUACUGAAUGUUACUUUUUAUACCAUUAGAGGUAAUUCCACUUUUUUACGUAACCACGGAAAAUCUAGACAUAUAACGCAAUAAACUGAUUCAAUAAAUGAUUACUCUAAA